AUUUAGCUUCCACAUUUUGAUAUUUCUGGGGUAAACCUUUAUUUACGGAUUGUAAACAAAAAUUGUUUUACAAAAAUUUUAAACCAGCGGUAUUAAAAUGUCUUACUUAGUGAAUUUCAGUAAUGACACUGCCAAGCAAAUACUCAUUGAAAUCAUACGCACAGUGAAUCAGCCAGAGAACUCCAAAAAAUUGUCAGAAGCUAAAGCUUCAGCUGGGAAAGAAAUGUUGCUAAUGAUGCAACAUGUCUUUCCACUGGUUAUGCAAUUGCAAACGGAUGUAAUUAAAACUUAUGGUUUUCCAGGAAAUCGUGAGGGACUUGUCCAGUUCUCGCAAUUGGUGCGCGAAAUGGAACGUGAGGAUGUGGAAAUCGCAAGAUUGCGCAGCCAAAUAAGAGCUAUCUACUUGCCGCCCAUAGCUAUAAAUACAACUAAUGAUAUUUUGAUAUGAGCAAA